AACUGAAGACUAAUUACCGUUGUAAGCACAUUUGUCCUCAAUUUUGAAAGCAAAUUUAAUUCAUUCGGCGAAAAUUCGUAAAUCGUAACUUAUCACGUGUCAAAUAUCAUGCACAUUGUAAAUUUAUGUAGAUUUGUCAAUUAAUGAAGAUAUCCGACUAAUUUUGCGUACAACGGAACUGUAAAAUGACUAAAAAAGUGAGUUGCAAAGUAAAGUUGCUUUUUGUUUUUAGCUAUUACAUACUUCUUGGGAGCUUACAGUAUUUGCUACUUAGGCCAUCAAGCUGCUCAAUCUAUUAAUAUGCCAUUUGAGAAUCUUCCUAUUGUCAUCGUACAGCCACUAAGCCAAUUGUCUCAAGCUAUCAAUUUAGGAUGUUCAGUAUUCAUAAUUGAAGAAAACGUCAUGUUACACUUUCUGGAUCAAUACAUCCUGGCGCAUAAUGAGGCCGAGUAUCGAAGUUCGUCGAAGUAUUUCCUAAUUGUGAUACAUUCUACUGGUGGGAGUCAGGCAGAAAUCCUCAGAAGCAUUCAAAAUCAUCCCGUUACUGACGAAGUCCCAAACAUGCUGGUCGUAGUUCAGAAGAAUGCCAGUUUUGAACUUCUUACUCUCAAAUUCGUGGGAAACGGUCCGACUUCAUCGGAAUACCAGCUUUUGGACAGGUACGAUGCAGCAAAUCAUUCGUUUAUUUACGGGAACGAACUUUUUCCGGACAAACUCGACAAUCUAGAGGGUAAAACAUCAAGAGUCGCUUCAUUCGAUGUAGUUCCCUGGGUUAUGCUGCUGCAAGAAGACGAAGGAAAUGUACGGUACAACAAUCAAUCAUACACAUUAGAUGGCAUGGAUGGAUAUUUGCUAACUCAGUUUUGUUUACGUUAUAAUUGCACCUGGGAGCUUCAAGUAGAUCAAAAGAAUCUAUACGGAAAAGUGUUUAACGAUGGCACUGGAAAUGGUAUAUUUGGAGCUUUGUUGGAUCGCAAAGUGGACUUUGCUAUUGGAGCCGUCGGUGCUUACUACAGCACUUUCAAAUACUUCAGCAUAACCCAGCCGUUACAGUGGGUCGGCGUGACUUGUCUUGUCCCGAGACCCAGAUUGGUGCCGUACUGGAAAUUAGUAUUUUUAAUUUUCACCAAAUCAGUUUGGCUUAUCCUUGGAGUCACUUUCAUGACACUGUCGGUUUGCAUAUACAUCUUCAACAAGCCGACAGCAGAUGCUCAAUUGAAUGGAUUCAUGUGGAUAUUCUUCAAGGUUCUCAAAAGUUUUGUGUUGACGUCCUCGGAUCUUCCUAGAAAUAACACGCCGUUAGCAAUUACGGUUGCAUCGCUUCUCAUGUUCACCAUCAUUGUUGGAAAUACUUACAUCGGAAAAAUUCACAGCACCUUGGCGUUUCCGCCAUACCAAAAUCCGAUUUCCACAGUAUGGGAUCUCGCUCGAAGCGGAAUCAAGUUGAAUGGGGAACAUGCAUCUUGGAUGUACUCAUUGGACUUAUCUGAGAAUCAACGAGAUAAAAUCAUUUUGUCAAAUUUCCACGUGCCACCGGCAGGCCAGCUGGCCGCAUUGAUCAACAAAGGACAAGAAGCUACCAUGAUAGCAGUGCUUCAAAACGGUCACUCCAUGGUUGGCAGUUGGAUCAACGCAUGGAACGUGGAACUUUACCGUAUCAUGAGUGAACCAUUGUAUUUCGAGUUUGAAGCAGGCUAUGCAACCAAAACGUGGCCCUUGCUGGACCGGUUCAGCUAUUUUUCCUCGUGGAUCAGGGACGCCUGCCUGUUCAAGUAUAUCGAGUUGAUCGAGGUCGAUCGUUACAUGGACCAUUCGGUGCAGGUAUCGAUAGAGCAUUCCCGAGACAGGCCGCAUAGUCAGCUGAAGAAUAUGAAGGUGGAAGAAAUUUCCGGUGCUCUGCUGAUUCUUGGGAUAGGAGCUGUGGUUUCAGCGAUGGUUUUCUGUUUGGAAGUCAACAUGCACAGUUUUUGAUUUUAAUAAACACUUUUAGUAACGUUCAA